AUGCUCCCCAAUGCAGUGGCUUUUACACCAUAUGGAGAAGUAAUAGGCCAGGCUGCUCUUGAUCAGGCCUCCACAAACGCCAGAAACACAAUUGAGAACGUCACAGAACUUUUGGGCAAAACUUGGAAUGACGUUAGUUGCCUUCCAGGUGCAGGAAAGUGGCCCUUCAAGGUGGUUGCCGACGCGGAUGCCGAAGGUCUCCUAAUCGAAGUCUGCCUGGAGCUUCAGGUCGUACGCAAGUCCGUCCGAUCCCUUCAGACGUACACCUUGAGGAGGCUGAGAGAACUGGCAGAACGCCAAUCCAAUGGUCAAAUAAAGGCUGCUGUUUUAGUGCUGCCAACAGACUUUACUGAAAAUCAGAGACAGAUAGUACAGGCAGCAUCGAUUGAUGCCGGUUUUCAAAAAGUAAUUCAACUUGAGUUUCCGUUGGCUGUGGUAAGAACGUAUUGUUUUGAAUACUGCAAGGGUGCACAAAAUGCUGAUUUGGUUGUCUUGUUUAAAGAAGUGAACCUGGAUGACACAUACGAACACUGGGUGCGAGUCACAGGGCAGGAAUACAAAGACGUUAGGACAAGGCGGAUACCGCAACUCUCGAAUAGACGAGAAAGCAUCAGUGACUUCGAUGUGUGGAUUGCAUCCACAUUAAACGCGAAAAGUAGUCCCGAUUUAUUGAUUGAGUGUUCUCAAGCAAGAUUGGCUCUGGGUGGCGGUGCUACCUCCUUUGAACUGAAGAGAGCAGCCGAAAAAAUAAUCACACGCGACUCACUCACCAAAGCCUUGCUAGAAAGCUCAGCAAAACAUUUUGAAGAUGAAAAUACGGAGGGAAAGUGGGACGUUCUUCUUGUUGGGGGACUCAUUGCGUGGACCACCGGUGGUGCGUUUCAGGUUUAUGAAGGUAGAAAGUUCUGUGUCAACAUGUUUUCUGCUUCUGUCGUGGGAGCCGCUCUGUUUGGAGCUCAGCAACUGAAGGAAGGCCUUUCUGACGAUGUGGCUAAGACGAAAAAUGACAGCGACAAAGCGAUUUCAGUGACGCCCGAACCUGAGCCACCAGGACCAUCAACACCGUUGAUUCAACCGAAUACCGAAGAACCGACUCCACACACGGAUGUUCCAGAGAGUCAUCUCAGAUCAAACAUUUACAAUUGCUGUAACAAUUGUCAUUGCAACCUCAAUCUCAUGGAGUGGUUCGGGUCCCUUAAAAUGGUAACCACGGAAACAGGGUGCUUUACAAUUCCCGAUGUGGUCGCUUUUACACCUCGCGGGAAGCUGGUCGGACAAAGGGCCCUCGAAGAGGCUGCUGAAAAUCCCAAAAACGCCAUUCAAGACACCACUAGUCUCCUGGGCAAAACCUUGGACGAGAUCAAGUCCCAAGACAAUGGGGAGAAAAUGCCCUUUACAAUGACUGCGAACGAGAGGAAGAAUACAGUCAUGCUUGAAGUGGCAUUGAAUAAUGAGGUUGUGCGCAAACCGGUCGAGGAGGUGUGCGCCUAUCUUCUGAGGGAAUUGCGAACACGCGCAGAAGAGCAAACUACUGGAGCGGUUAAUGAGGCCGUCAUCGUUAUUCCAGCAAACUUUAACGAUAAACAGCAAAGUAGUUUGCGCUGGGCGGCCUCAUUAGCCGGCUUUAAGAAAGUUGCGUUGAUCAAGGAACCCGAGGCGGUUGUUCGCGAUUUUUGCCAGGAAUUCUUCAAACCCCGGCAAAAGUUUGAUGUCAUCUUUCUUGUAAGAAAUGUCAGUGUGCAUAGUCUUGAGGAGUGUAAAAUACUUGCAUGUAAUUGGGAAUACGUCGUCAAGGAGCACUUGUCUACAAAGCUGCUCUCUGACAGUCGCGAGGGUGCCAAUGAACUGGACAAAUGCCUCACGUCAGUCUUGGAGGAGAAGUACUACAUCCAAUGCACACCGGAACUCAUCAAGGCCUUCACGUCGGCGCGGCUUGCUCUUGAAAGUGGCGCGUCAUCCGUCGAGAUUAACACUGACACCUGUAGGAUGGAUCUUACUAGAGAGCAGAUAAUGAAACUGCUUGCAGAGAACGCCUCCAAGUACUUCGAACCCUCUUCAAAAGCCAACGUUCUUCUUGUUGGUGGCACGUUUGCUCACCCCAGUCCAGGCGUGACGUUUGAACCCUACAGCGACCUUCGAGAUGUCUACGUGGUUGAUUUUGCCAAAGCCGGUCUUCGUGGGGCCACCCGUGAUGCAAAAGGGCUGCUUGGCGCUCCCGUGGGACCGCAGACAACCAAAGAAGCGAAGCUGCGCACCAUCAACACGCAGACAAUCGAGUCCAAAAAGCACAUUGUGACGACGGACCAUGUUCCAAAAAGCAAAGAAAAAUCCAGGAAAUCGCGCUCCUGGGCAUGCUGCUGCGGCCCUAAUUUUGGAACAAAAUUCAAACAGUAUGACCGAAUCUGCCAACAGGAGUUAUACUGCACGAACCUCAUCCGUGGUUGCAGUUCUAUCGCAACCCCUGGAGUGAAAGAAAAAGCUUAG